ACCCACAGAUUACUCCCUGCACGUUCAGCACCACAGAGUGAGGACAGCUCCCACUAUCUUUCCAUUGAUCUGAGUGAGAGGGAGAAGGCUGAGCUGCAGGGAGGGAGAGCGACUCACAGCUAUCAGCUGGCUUCUCCUUCCAUCAAUUGCUCUCCUGAUCCCUGACCUCCUUGGGGACUUGGGAAAGGCUUUUUUUAGGACGUCUGAGAGACUGUCACUGUAGCAGUUGUUGCUGCUGACAACUCUGUUCCUGUGGCACAUGUUUAUGUUGAAGGUAGGGGGAGCAAAUUUGGCAUCUCCUUCCUACUGCCUCUCCCAUCCCUACAAAACUGUCAUCAUCCACCGUCAUUCAGCAGUGCUGCUUGUUACAGAGUACCUGCCAACUUCAUCCGGGUUAAUAUGAGAUUUACAGUCCUUGUGCCACCAAGACGGGAGGUGGGCUCUUGGAUAUUACAAUUGACUCCUUCUGGGGUUCACUGAGUUUGGAGAUCUGGACCUGCUAUGGAGCCUGGAAGAUUUCUCCUUCUUUAAAAGGACUUUUCCCUGUGGUUCUGCCUGCAGGAAUCCUUAACUUUUUCUAGGUUGGCAAGGAGGAAAGAGAGCUAGUUUCAAUAUGCCAGUAAGAAGGGGGCACGUAGCCCCUCAGAACACUUAUCUGGACACCAUCAUACGGAAGUUUGAAGGGCAAAGUCGCAAGUUUCUGAUUGCCAAUGCCCAAAUGGACAACUGUGCCAUUAUUUACUGCAAUGAUGGUUUUUGUGACAUGUUUGGGUACUCAAGGGUGGAAGUCAUGCAGAGACCCUGCACGUGUGACUUUUUGACUGGCCCAGAGACAACAAGCAACAGCAUUACCCAACUCACUGAGGCUCUGCUGGGGUCAGAGGAACGCAAGCUGGAGAUCCUCUACUACAGAAAGGAAGGAUCAUGUCUGCGAUGUUUGGUGGAUGUAGUUCCAGUGAAGAACGAAGAGGGAGAUGUCAUCAUGUUUAUCCUAAACUUCGAGGACCUGGCGCUGCUCCUGGCAAGAAAGGCCAACAGAACUCUUCAUCAGAGACUGACACGAGCUGCCUUCCACUCAGAGAGACCCAAAACAAAGGCCAACUUCCUAAACUCCUCCUCAGAGUCAGACUUCAUGAAGUACAGGACCAUUAGUCAGAUCCCACAGUUCACUCUGAACUUUGUAGAAUUCAACUUAGAGAAACACCGUUCUGCCUCCACCACGGAGAUUGAGAUCGUGGCCCCCAGCAAUGCCUUUGAGAGGACCCAGAAUGUCACUGAGAAAGUCACUCAGGUUCUUUCCUUGGGGGCUGACGUGCUGCCAGAAUACAAGCUGCAGGCGCCGCGGAUUCACCGAUGGACCAUCCUCCAUUACAGCCCUUUCAAAGCAGUGUGGGACUGGCUAAUUCUGCUGCUGGUUAUCUACACCGCUGUCUUCACCCCUUAUUCCGCUGCUUUCCUUCUAAACGACCAGGAGGAAGAGAGCAGCUGGGAGUGUGGCUACUCCUGCAACCCACUCAACAUUGUGGACCUGAUUGUGGACAUUAUGUUCAUUGUGGAUAUUAUCAUAAACUUCCGCACCACCUACGUCAACAUUAAUGAUGAGGUGGUCAGCCACCCGGCUAAGAUUGCCAUCCAUUAUUUCAAAGGCUGGUUCCUCAUAGAUAUGGUGGCAGCUAUACCCUUUGACCUGCUCAUCUACAGGACAGGCUCAGAUGAGACUACCACGCUGAUUGGGCUCCUAAAGACAGCACGACUGUUGCGCUUGGUACGAGUGGCACGGAAGCUAGACCGGUAUUCUGAAUAUGGAGCGGCUGUGUUAUUCCUUCUUAUGUGCACAUUUGCCCUCAUUGCCCAUUGGUUGGCGUGUAUAUGGUAUGCCAUUGGAAAUGUAGAGCGCCCUCUCAUGCAACACAAAAUUGGCUGGCUGGACAAUCUUGCAGCUCAAAUUGGAAAGAGCUACAAUGAUACAGACCUUACUUCGGGGCCUUCCAUCAAAGACAAGUACGUGACUGCCCUUUACUUCACCUUCAGCAGUCUAACCAGUGUUGGAUUUGGCAAUGUCUCUCCCAACACCAACUCAGAGAAGAUCUUCUCUAUCUGUGUCAUGCUGAUUGGAUCUCUCAUGUAUGCUAGCAUCUUUGGGAACGUCUCUGCCAUAAUCCAGCGCCUUUAUUCGGGCACGGCACGAUACCACACUCAGAUGUUGCGUGUGAAGGAGUUUAUACGUUUCCACCAGAUCCCCAACCCACUACGGCAGCGACUGGAAGAGUACUUCCAGCAUGCCUGGUCAUACACCAAUGGAAUUGAUAUGAAUGCGGUGCUGAAAGGAUUCCCCGAGUGCCUCCAAGCAGACAUUUGUCUGCAUCUCAACCGUACACUGCUUCAGCAUUGCAAAGCCUUCCGUGGUGCCACAAAGGGCUGCCUACGGGCACUGGCCAUGAAAUUCAGAACUACACACGCCCCUCCUGGAGACACGCUGGUCCACUACGGAGAUGUGCUGACCAAUCUCUAUUUCAUCUCCCGUGGCUCUAUAGAGAUUCUACGAGAUGACAUUGUGGUGGCAAUUUUGGGAAAGAAUGACAUAUUUGGUGAACCAAUUAACCUGUUUGCCCGUCCUGGAAAGUCAAACGCGGAUGUAAGAGCCUUGACUUAUUGUGACCUUCACAAGAUCCAAAGGGAAGACCUUCUGGAGGUCCUGGAUAUGUAUCCAACCUUCUCUGACAACUUCUGGAGCAACCUGGAGAUCACUUUCAACCUUAGAGAUGCAGACAGCAUCCCCCGAUCCCCAGAAAGUGAAGAGUAUAACUGUACAUACCGCCGCAAUCGCAGGUGCAAACAGCCAGGGCGGCGCCAGAAGAAGAACGGGGUGGAUGAGAUAAAUUCGGACGCGGAACAGUACCAUACGUACUCGGAACUCACUAACCUGCAAAGGCCAACAAGUCGGGAGCAUUGGGAAGAAAUGGCCAGUAGCACCACACCCUGCUCCCAGACCAGUGAUGAGGAGACCAAGCCCCUCAAUUCAGCACCUGUGGACAUACAAGCGGCUGCAGAGAAGCAAGAGUUUAUUCCUGCCGUGGUGAAUUUAGUGACAGCCAAUAUUAGUAGCAGGGAAGGGGGCAGGAAGGUUUUGAACAGUGUGGAGACAUAUUCAGCUGCCCCUAUUGAAGUCCCCAAUUUGUUUAGUUUUUGGGGUGAAAGACACUCAGCGGGAUGCUCAGAGACCCACCAGCACAUUUCACUGGUGCACAAUUCUUUGGAACCCCCACUUAGCCCCGACGACCGACCAGGAGAGCUAGAAUCCCGUCUAGAGCUCCUCCAAGCACAAUUAGAGAGGUUGGAGACUAGGAUGUCCUCAGAUAUUAGUAUCAUUCUGCAACUGCUGCAAAGGCAACUUUCCCAGAUACCCCCUGCAUACAGCCCAGCCUCCCACAGUUCCCAGAAUCUGGGGCUCUAUCAAACAACAUCCAAGAGCCUUGAGCCAGUAAAGAGCAGCCCCUCCAUGUCUGCAGAGUCCCCCGUAUUUCCUCUUCAGAGCCCUUGUCUGACUGACUACAAUGACGUGGAGCCUCUGAGUAUUAAACCCAACACUUUAAAUCUCCACACUGGUUCCCAAGAAACCUCAAGUUCCCCCCCAGGGAAUGGACAUCCCCAAGCCCAUGUUGGUCAAGCCCUGGGAAACACUUCACAGCCAAUGCUUGGAGGCUUCCGAUUUCCUUCUCUCCCUGAGCACUUGGAAUGCCCCGUUUCUCCAGAUCAGGAAUUUCAAAGACACCUUUCAGACCCAGGUCUUCCAGGAAGUUAGGGCCCCGUGAAGCUGGAUACUGAAGGAAAGUUUUCCCUUGUGCUGGGGCAAGGGGGGAGAGAAAAGUUAAAUCUCACCAUGAAAUUAACCCCCCCCCCCCACCCUACUGUCCCAACUACCAACAGUCUAUGCAUAGAAUAGAAUAUUGUUAAAGGAUGAUGAAGAAGGAUGGAAGAAAACACUCCCACCUACUCACUGAUAUGUUAGGUCCCUACGGUGUGAAAGGCACUAGACUGAAUGGUCUCAGCUCCUGGCAAACGCCAUAACAAUCAGCCAAUGGCCAGUACGGAGAUCCUGCUGCAGAUAAAGGCAUUCCGUUGUGUUUUGCACCAUACAGGGACAAUCCUAUUAAAAUAAUAUGUAACAUGACAUAAUAUUGCAUUUAUAGAUUAUAUAUAUUUAUGAGAAUAUUUCUUUGCUACUUGGAAAUCUAAUAUAUGUGUAACUGCAUGUUUGGAGAAAGGAAAGAUAAAGCCAUAUGUUCUUUUGCCUUCAUUGCGCUCACUGUCAGGUUAGUAUGCCUGGCUGUCAUGGGUUGGGCUGCUGUCUCACCCCUUUAAGAGUGAACACAUACAGAAUGCAUUUGUAUGGCUAAUGGGCAGUUCAAUUGGAUACAAGCUGCAGUUGUUUAUGUGCAGCCAUACAGUCACAUGAACUUUAUGUUUCUGUAUUGAUACAUGUAUUCUGUAUCGUGCAAGAUGUAGAUUCAGUGUAUGUGUCUGGUUUGAGGGGGGCAAGAUGGCAACCUGAGCCAGGAUGAAUCAUGGUACUUCUUAUACAGUUUUAGCCUAAUAGCUGGGUUUGCUACACUUUCAGCAGAGCUGCUAUGUGUAAUUUCCACCGGUCAUUUUCAUAUUGUCUUUGAACAAUUUUAGAGACAGAGGGGCUUUUUGAAACUUGUAUUUACUUUCUGUCAGCUCAGGGGUUACUUCCUUUUCAUCUGAGCUCUUCCUGUAUAGGCUGUUUGCUGGUGCCUGCUGGGAGGGUAAGGAAAAGCACCCCCUAGCAUAGCACAGAUUGGCUUAUAAACUGUCAGCCCCCUACACUUAUACCCUGGGUCAUUUUUGUGAAACUGUAAGAGGGGGGCUUCUAGCCAAAAGACUGGGCAGUGCUUGGGUAAAGAGAAGCUUCUCCAUUCCUUACGCAACCUAAGGCUAAUGUCCCCUUAAGAGAUUUUGUUCUCCUUCAGGAAGAAACUUUGCGCGACUUCGGAAAACCAAAGUGAUGCAUAGGCCAUUCCGCCGUCGCCCGUGAUAGCAGAGAUCUAUCGCAGGGAACUAAAUCUCUUUGUGGGACAUCAGCCUUACACAGAUAGGCAGGCACUGGCAGCAGUCUAUGCAGGGAGGUAUUGCCCCUGUAGGCUGUAGACAAUAUUCAGCUGUAUAAUCACAAUAUACUGUAUAAUCACAUGACCAAACACACACCUGGAAUUAUGAGGGCCAUUCAGUUGGUUGCACUGCAGCCACAGUACAUAAACAAUUGUACCAGUUCAGCUGAGGCACAUGAUAAAUACCACCUUCCUUCUAUAGACAGAGAUAGCCCAUGUCUGUAGGCUCUGAUCCAAUUGCACCUCCAACCAAUCUCUCUCCAACUGCAUUUGACCUGUGCUGUGACGUCAAUGCUGUAAAUACCAGGUGUUACCAGUGUUAUAAUAUGUCUCUACCGUGGACUAGUUUGCAGCCAAGGGGGCAAAGCCCGUCUUCACUUAGCAUGAUCGGCAUCAUGGAUAGGAACUUACCAUGUCCCCGCCAUUUAAAUGUAUCUUGCAGAAAUCCAGUGUUGGCAGUACAUCACCAUUGGUUCUGACUGCAGAAUACACCUAAGACAAUCCAUGCAGCUCCCAUGGCCAAUAUUAAAUGCAGUAACAGAUAUCCUCUUUUACCAAUCUAUGGUACAUACCAUUCAAAUGGUUUUAGAGAGGUGAGCAUGGCUCGGCAGAGGCUGUUCUCCUCAGGCACCAGUAUAAAGAGUGCUUUGUUGCAUCUGUAGGUGGAAAGGCUGGGUAUAAUGGUAAUUUCAGCCCCAGUGCACACCUGGUCUUGAAGCCACACAUUUAGUGGUUCUGGGUUUGUUGCCAGCCUUCCAUGGUUAUCCAAGUCUCCACCUAGAGGGCCAGAGAGGAUCAAUGCCACCCAAAUGAGUUCCAUACUCUUAAGAGAAGUUGCAAAGCUUUGACAGUGCAAUAAACCAUACCUUAGAGUGCCAUCUGAAGGCUAAAGGUGGUUCAGAAAAUAUCCUGUGCACUGGGUUCAUUUCCAGACAGCCACGCUCCCUUAUCCUGUGAGAGGGCUGCCAUACUGCUUGUACUCUGUAGAUACCGACUGACCAAUCCCACUUCAGUGCUGAAAAGCAAACCUGCUUAGGAAGAUGGACAUCAUGACAUGGGUGAAAACCUUCACAUUUUAGGAUAUGAAUCAAAGGGGGGGACAAUAAUGGAUAGAAUCUGGGAUUUUCACAGUUUGCAGUUUAGACCCUGUAAGGCUUGCCUCUAAUUACAUGGAUUUCCCAUACAUCAUCAAAAAACCCCUUCCUGCACUGCUUCCUAGCAUUUCCCUUCACUGGGCAUCAGAUACAUCACGUAAUGAUACUGGUCCCCGGCUGCUGCUACCCGGAUCCGUACUGGAAUAAAGUUUAGUAGUCAAAUUUGUGGGUUUUACAUUUAAAGCACAAAAAAAGGAGAGGGGUGUCUGACUGAAUGUCUGCAGAAUGUUGGACUGACACUAUACAGUGUGUUGGGAUGAUAGUGAUACCACAGAGCGCCAAUAACAGCUCCCAGAAUGCAUUGCUUUUGUGAUUGUGCCAUCUUUAUGACUGUAGCAACUUCAGGCUGCAGCAGCUGCUGCUUGUUCACAUGGUUUUAUUCACUCACAGACAAACCCACAUUAUAGAAAAACUGUGAAACUUUUAUUUUGGAGUUUUAGAGAUGAAAACAUCUGUAAUAAACAUGCAUUUUUUGCCAAACUGAA